GCGCCAGCGGUGUCAAUAAUACAAUAGGGCUCUUGUGCGGCCGCCCGCGAGCAGAGGAGCCAGCGGCCCCGGGCUGAACGGAGCCGGCAUGCAGCUACGGCCCGCGCCCUGAGUCCGGCCCCAGCCUGCAGCUGAGCCGAGCCGCCCGGGCCAUGCGCGGAGGCGGCGGCCCUGAGCACCCCACGCCCGUCCGCAGCCACAAGGUUAUUCUUAGAAAAAUUACUUCCCCAAGACUCUGAUGAUUGGGAAAACGGCUGUCCAGACUGUUGUAUUACUCAUUCCAGAAGGAAGAAACACCUGAAGCAAAGAUUUUCAAAAGAGCUGAUACUUGAAUUCCUGCAGUGGGAUCUACUGGCAAGGCCCCUUAUGCCCAAUGGGGACCCUUUGAAGUCGGCGGAAUCCUUUGUGGACUAGAGGAUCUUGAUGCAGACUUGAGGUGCUUGUGCUAUCAGCAGGGGAAAAGACCUACCUCAUGUUCUGGCAUGAUGCGUCAGGAUGAAACGCCACAGGCAUCUAAGCACCAGUGACAGUUCAGACAAUGAGAGUCCUUCCACAUCCUUUUCUUCUUGUUCUAAGUAUAGGAGCAAAUCAAAAACACCAUCAAAUGAACAAAAGAAACCUGCUGAGGUGUUCCGGAAGGAUCUCAUUAGUGCCAUGAAACUCCCUGAUUCUCACCAUGUUAACCCCGAUGAAUAUUACCUCUUUGCGGACACAUGGAAACAGGAGUGGGAAAAGGGUGUUCAGGUCCCAGCCAGUCCAGACACUAUUCCACAGCCUUCCCUCAGGGUUGUAGCAGAAAAGGUGAAGGAAGUGCUUUAUACCCGACCUCGGAAGUAUAUCCAUUGCUCCAGCCAAGAACCUGCAGAACCUGGUUACAUCAACAUUUUAGAACUGGCAGAAUCUGUGUGUCGCUAUGACUUGGAUGAUAUGGAUAUCUUUUGGCUUCAAGAACUAAAUGAGGAGCUUACAGAAAUGGGAUGUGGGCACCUGGAUGAGAACACAAUGGAGAAGACAAUAGAAGUCCUAGAACGGCACUGUCAUGAGAAUAUGAACCAUGCUAUUGAAACUGAAGAAGGGCUGGGCAUAGAAUAUGAUGAAGAUGUGAUCUGUGAUGUGUGCCGGUCCCCUGACAGUGAAGAUGGGAAUGAUAUGGUGUUUUGUGACAAAUGUAACAUCUGUGUCCAUCAGGCAUGUUAUGGAAUCUUAAAGGUUCCAGAAGGAAGCUGGCUGUGUCGUACUUGUGUUCUGGGAAUACAUCCUCAGUGUCUCCUGUGUCCAAAGAGAGGAGGUGCCAUGAAAGCUACCAGGACAGGGACGAAGUGGGCACAUGUGAGUUGUGCCCUCUGGAUUCCGGAGGUGAGCAUUGCUUGCCCAGAAAGGAUGGAACCAAUCACAAAAGUGUCUCACAUUCCACCAAGUCGAUGGGCUUUGGUCUGUAGCUUAUGCAAACUGAAAACUGGUGCUUGUAUUCAGUGCUCUGUGAAAAGUUGCAUUACUGCCUUUCACGUCACCUGUGCCUUUGAGCAUAGCUUAGAGAUGAAGACCAUUUUGGACGAUGGGGAUGAGGUCAAGUUCAAGUCAUAUUGCCUAAAACAUAGCAAAAACAAGCAGAAUUCACUGCCUGAUGUUGAUGAGAACCCUAAGAGCAUGGCAGACCAGAAGCACACAGAAAGUGAGAAAACCAGUUUGCGUGCUCAGAAACUUAGAGAGCUGGAAGAGGAGUUCUACACACUAGUUAAAGUAGAAGAUGUUGCAGCAGAACUGGCCCUUCCGAAGCUUGCUGUGGACUUCAUCUAUAAUUACUGGAAAUUAAAGCGGAAAAGUAACUUUAAUAAACCAUUGUUUCCUCCCAAGGAGGAUGAAGAAAAUGGGUUGGUGCAGCCAAAAGAAGAUAGCAUUCAUACCCGCAUGCGAAUGUUUAUGCACUUGAGACAGGAUCUAGAGAGGGUGAGGAAUCUAUGCUACAUGGUAAGCAGAAGAGAGAAACUAAAAUUGUCUCAUAGUAAAGUACAUGAACAAGUCUUCAACUUGCAAGCUCAGCUCACUAACCAGGAGAUUGCUGCAGGCCAUACUCUGACAAGUGCACUGGAAAACACACUGUUUUAUCCACCUCCCAGAAUCACCCUGAAGUUAAAAAUGCCUAAAUCAGCACUGGGGGAUUGCAAAAAUAACUCACUGAAACCUGGCAACAGACCCCUUUCUCCUGACAACAAUACCACUGUUUACAACAAAAGGAGUUUGCAGCUUUCAAAGGAGUCGUUUGAAAUUAAAAUGAAAUCUUACUCAAGGUACCAGCAUGACAACCGAAGUAACGGGCUGCUGGGAGGAAUUAGCAAGUCUAGGAAUGAAACCAAGGAUUUAGGACCUGUACAGUUACCAGAGUUUCCUCGUGGGCAGCCAUCUGGUAAACCAUUAGCACUUCAAGCUGCUUUGCAUGGACAGUCUUUGAUUGGCAAUGGAAAAAUGCAGCAAGAGAAUGCAAGACUAGUCAAAUCCAAUGGUUUAAUGGGAAGGUCAGGGGAUGUUAUUCAGAGAGACAGCUCCAGCCAGACGCCAUAUGAACACGAUUCUCUGCUCACUGCUCAUUUGGCUAGUCAGAGCAGCUUUAGAAAAUCCACCAUAGAACAUUUUAGCAGGUCCUUUAAAGAGGCAACCAACAGCUUGGUGAGGACCACAGAAGAUCUCAGAUGCUGUGAAAAGCCAACAAGAAGGCUUUCAACUAAAGAACGUUUGUGGAACAAGCAGGUUCUUGAAGGAGCUCCUUACCAAGACAAUGAUGGGUAUUGCCCCGAUUUGGAACUGAGUGACUCUGAAGCUGAAAGUGAUGAGAAUAAAGAGCAAGUCAGAUUAAGGAGAAGCAGCUCAGAGAGGGGAAGCCCAAGUAAAGAUUUUGGUCGAGAUUGUCACAGUAGAAACAAAAAAAAUAUGAUUUCUCACAGUUCAGUUCAAAGGUGAUUAGAACCUUCUAUGGGGGUAACUCAACCUUGGCAUAACCCAGUGUGCUGGUGCAAAAGGGUUUCCGACUACAGCACAAGACCAUGUUAGGAAGACAUGCAGUAGGAAAGAGGGAAAGAGCAACUGGAGUAGUGUUACAGCUGUGAAUUGGCUUGCCAUUUUGAGGUGGUUAAUCAAGUUUUUCUGCAAGGUCUUAUGGAAAUCAAUGAGUUUUUUCAGGGUUAACAUCUGGGAAAGGUUGGAGCAGUGAACCUUUGUUAUUGCUCCAGGGAACUGCUUCCGUUUUGCCAGCUUUUGUGUAAGACAGUGCUUACAAUAAAUGAUGACAGCUUUGUGUUGGAGACAGCUAUUAAAGGAGUCCUUGCAUUAAUGUGUAACAUGCUGCAAGAGACUAAUGUGGACAGUGAAGCUGCAUUCCCAUUGCACCUGCAGUGUGGCCUUGAUCCAGCAGAGCACUUAAGCAUGUGAAUAGUCCCAUAGGGCGUUUAUACACAUGCUUUUUCGGUGCUGCGUAUAAGUAGCAAAAUGCGCGUCAGCAUGAAGAAAAUGGCAGCGUGCUUUUGAACUAAAACACUUUCAAUGUGUUUUAGUUCAAAAGCAUGCUGCCGCCAUUCUCUCCACACUGAUGUGCAUUUUGCCGUUUAUAUAAAUGUAUGUGCCUCAGCAGCGGGCGCUUUUAAAGACGCCUGGUGCUGCAGCACAGGCAUGUGUACAAAUGCCCGUAGAGUUCAGUGGUGAUACUUGGACACUUAAAUGUAAAGCCCUUGUUUAAGCUCUUGGCUGGAUUGGGGUUGAAGUGACUACUAAAUGGAGAUCUUGUUGGGCAGAAUGUUUAGAACUCCAGUGAUAUUUGUGAACCCUUUUUCAGGGUGGAAGCAAACGUCACCAAUGCUGCCAAACUUACUGACCUCUAGAUAUGCCCCCAUUCUUUGCUCAUGCUAAAGGUUGUGUUUCCCUUUACAAUAAUUUGCUUAUUUUGUAAAUAUGCAACUUCUAGCGCUUCAAUUUUUUAAAUCUCUGUAUAUAACUGCUUGUUGUGGGAUGCACUUGUAAAUAUUUUACCCAGCUAACAAGUACAGAUGGAUAAUUUUGUGAAUAGUGUUUACAAAAGUAGAUGUACUACUUCAAAGAAGAAUGCUAUUUGACACCUAAAUUUAGGCGAUCAUGGAUGGUGCCAGGUCCCUCUUGAAACUGAGAUUUCAUAUCUGGAGGCAGAUAUACCUGGUAUAUUUUAAAUAAGCUGAACUAGGAAUCUUUUUGUAGAGGCCAAAAUUUUCAAACUUAGCUACUGAAGUACAAGUUUAGGAACCUUAACUUCUGGCAUCUCGGUCUGAAAAAAUGUAGCCAGCUGUUAAUUGAAAGUACAUUUUUUAUUACUAGUGGCCUAAACUAAAUUACAGUUAAGAUGCUUAUCAAUCUCCAGUUAGUUGCUCCUUCCCAAACUAAAAUGCAGUGCGCCAGUCCUAAAAUUUGCCAAUGCAAAUUGUAAACUAAUGUGGAAACAGUCAACCAACCACAAAAAAUAUCCUGUUUUGUUCAUUACUGUACACGGCUUUGUUUUUUGAAUAAAAAUAAACUUACGUUUUUCAGAUAUUGUGUUAACCAAGAGAUUAAUUGCAUUGUUCUGCUGAAAUGCUAUAUAUUUUUCAGUCAUAAAUGUGUAAAGCCCUGUCCCACAUCAGGGGCUGGAAUGGGACGUAUGUUGCAUAGAGCUCCACAUAAAACUCCUUUGCCUUGUAGUAAAUUUCACCUCAAAGACAGAUAUUUAACACCCAAUGUAAAGAAGUCUACAGAAUGCAAAUUGCAGCUUCAUUUUUCUUCUUUUUUUCCCUUCAUAGUCCUAAUUCAUUUUGUGGAUUUUAGUUUGGGAAAGCACAGCAAAACCUUUUUUGGAUUAUUUGAACUGGAAAUUUUCCUAACUGCAAUAGUUAUCUACCUGGGUCUGGAGGACACUUCAUUAAUGAAAUAAAAAAAUAUACUUGGCAGUUCUGCACUCUCUGCUUCAUGCAUCCUUAUGAUUGUUUUCUUUCACUUCUUGAUUUUCUGUAUAUCUGUGUAAUUGUCUUUCUAGAGGUGUAUUUUCAAAAUAUUUUGCUGUAAAUAUGCAGUAGCAUUUUUAGGUUUCCUUAUAUUUUCUUUUAAUUGGAAAUGCUUUGUGUUCUUAAGCCAUGGGUAAUUCAGAAUGAGUAAGCAAAUGCCUGUUCAUUUGUACUCCAGCUCUGAUUCUCUUAGUUCUCCUUCAAUAUUUAUUAUUAAUCCUUUACUGGUCAUGAAAUUGUAUGGAGCUCAUCUUGGGAAUAUAUUUAUCUCAGACGCCAGCAGAACAGUAUGCUCUUUCAUGCCCAGUAGUUAUAUCUGUCAAAGGUUGGGGAAAAUGGUGCUUCAGCAACUCCAGAGUCUCUGCUGUUUGGGGGAUGCUCACUCAAUUGUUUCCAGCCGGGGCAAUAAUCUUGUAGACAUUUACAAGAUGUUAAUAGAUACAUGAAGGAGUUCUUGGUUAUGUAGUUCUCAAGUACUGUCCCCAAAGUGCAUUUGCUAGUUUUUACUGUGUGUUCGGUGGCUAACUGUUUGAAGUAUUACCUCUUAACCUUAUUUGUUAAUUUUUUUGUUUUCCAUUUUGUUUUUUAUUUAUAUAUAUAUAAAUUAAAUUUAUAUAUGUGUAAUUUAUAUAUAUAUAAAUUGAAUUCAGUUUUCCAAGAUGGACUCAGUCUUUUUCAGAUAUCCCCUUUUUACAAGUACUUUUUCAUUAAAUUAUGAAACUAACAGUAUUUUCACUUGUUGUGAUUUGUUCAGAGCUUUAUCCUUGGCCUGAUAGGAUGCUAAACUUAUUAGUUAACCAAAACCAAUUCUACUUCUAUCAAGCAUGAUUUAUUUUUAACAGGCUUGGCAGCAUUUUAACAAGCUGGAGUUUCAGCAAGUCUGUUUCCUUGUAAACCUCUCGGAAGAGAGAUGUCAAAGGUGGUGACUGAAGGUGCUUUGGAUACUGAACUCAGCUGUAUGGUACACAGUCUGUUUAGCAAAUUAUUUGCAUAUAUCCAGGCAAAAAGCAGGCCAUAACAAGCCUUAAAUUGUGGGCAUUUUCCCCUCAUUUAAUACAGUUAAAUAAAAGGAAGGUAGGGCUGGGAAUUGUAAGUGGGCCUUGCACCUUUAUUCCUUCAUACACAGCUGUAGGGAUGACUGGUUCAUAUGGACUCAAAGUGCCAUCUGGGUUUUCUAUUCUUUUGUAUCACCUGCUGCCACUGGCUGGCAUUGUGGAGCACCUGGCUGCUGCUGAGCCACUUCCAGCCUUACUGCAAGUAGAGUUCAGAGAGCAAAGGACACAGAACAGGGGAUGCCAGCCUCUGUGGGGCUAAUCCUCAAAGCAGGAUGGCAGAGCUGGCUUCACGUGCUUUGUUAGCUUUGUUCCUAUUUUUUCAGAUUAGGCAAAUGGAUAGUAAAGUGGGAGAAGAGACUUCUGAGGCUGUUGGAGGUGUGUGGUUGGGUAGAGAUGCAUCCUGGCACAUCCUUAGCAUGGGAAGAAAAUACCUGACGGCAAAAAAAUGGACGUUCCCGCAGCUGAGUCCCUACCAUUGGGCUGAGGAGCCAUGGCAAAGGUGGCGAUGUCUUAACUGCCUAAUUAUCAGAGUCGGACAUUGCAAGGAACUAACGAAGAAGUGGGGCUAUACCAUUGGUUCAAACGCCUGUGACUGGCACAGAGCCUCAGACUAUGCAACGCCUCCUGCAGUGCCUGCUACUUGAAGGCAUAUGUACAAUGAAAAAUCUUGCCAAGUACAAUAAACAAGCACAAGUAUGUGCAAAAAAUG